UCACUGGUUGCAAUUUGCAAUUCAAUUUCGAAGUUCUGUUUCAGUUGAGAAUGGCAAAAUCGUAAUUGGGCCAAGUUUCAACUCCAUUUUGCCAAGCCAGUGUUAUAAAUCCGGACAACGGUCUUCUGCCCUUUCCUCCACAAAAACCCCACUCUGACAGUCGCAGCAACAAGCGACUGUGGUUGUUGUCCUUUCUUCCUUUUUUUUACAGUUUCUCACAUCUUGAAUCUAAAAAAUUACUUCCCAAAUCCAGGAAGAAGAAGAAGAAGCAGCAGUAAUCCAUCCCCUCUCUCAACAAUGGCCUCCGCGGCCCGCAUUUCCCUCUUCACACUCCUCUUCCUCUACACUCUCACCACCACCGCCAUAGCCAACAAGCAGACCUACAUCGUCCACAUCAAACCCAACUCCAAGCCCCAAUCCUUCGCCACACACCAAGACUGGUACUCCUCCUCCCUCGCCGCCGACGACUCCCUCCUCUACACCUACGACGCCGCAUUCCACGGAUUCGCCGCCUCCCUCGACCCCGACCAGGCCGACGCGCUCCGGAACUCCGAUUACGUCGUCGAUGUCUACGAGGAGACCGUCUACACCCUCCACACCACCCGCACCCCUCAGUUCCUCGGCCUCAACAACGACUUCGGCCUGUUCGACGGCAACCACCGGCCUCUCGACGUCGACCAGGCCUCCUUCGACGUCGUCGUCGGCGUCCUCGACACCGGCGUCUGGCCGGAGUCCAGGAGCUACGACGACUCCGGGAUGCCCGAGAUCCCUGCCCGAUGGAAAGGGGAGUGCGAGUCCGGACCCGAUUUCAGCCCCAAGCUCUGCAACAAGAAGCUAAUCGGCGCCCGUUACUUCUCCAAAGGCUACCACAUGGCCGCCGGGGGAAGCUUCGGGAAGCAGCCUACUAAAAAAGAGGAAGAAUCGCCCCGCGACAGUGACGGCCACGGCACCCACACCUCCAGCACCGCCGCGGGAUCUAUGGUGGGCAACGCUAGUCUCCUCGGGUACGCUAGCGGAACCGCGCGUGGGAUGGCCACGCACGCGCGCGUCGCGGCCUACAAGGUGUGCUGGAGCACCGGCUGCUUCGGAUCGGACAUCCUCGCCGGGAUGGAUCGCGCGAUUCACGACGGCGUCGACGUGCUGUCGCUCUCCCUCGGCGGCGGAUCGGGGCCGUACUACCGCGACACCAUUGCGAUUGGGGCGUUCAGCGCGAUGGAGAGGGGCAUUUUGGUCUCUUGCUCUGCCGGUAACAGCGGGCCCACAAGGGCCAGCCUGGCGAACGUGGCGCCGUGGAUCUUGACGGUCGGGGCCGGUACUCUCGACCGGGACUUCCCGGCUUUUGCCGCUCUGGGCAACGGGAAGCGGUUCACCGGGGUGUCGCUCUACAGCGGGGCCGGGAUGGGUAAGAAACCGGUCGGGUUGGUUUACAGCAAAGGAACCAACAGUUCGAGCAACCUGUGCCUGCCCGGUUCGCUCCAACCGGAAUUGGUCAAGGGCAAAGUGGUCCUUUGCGACAGGGGAAUCAACCCGCGCGUGGAGAAAGGCGCGGUCGUGCGCGAGGCCGGCGGGAUCGGUAUGAUCAUGGCGAACACCGCGGCCAGCGGCGAGGAAUUGGUCGCCGACAGCCACCUGCUGCCGGCGGUGGCCGUGGGGAGGAAAUUGGGCGACGUGAUCAGGCUGUACGCCAAGUCCGAUCCGAACCCGACCGCGGCGUUGAGCUUCGGCGGGACGCAGCUGAACGUGAGGCCGUCGCCGGUCGUGGCGGCGUUCAGCUCCCGGGGCCCGAACAUGGUAACGGCGCAGAUCUUGAAGCCGGAUCUGAUCGGGCCGGGAGUCAACAUCUUAGCGGCAUGGUCGGAGGCGAUUGGGCCCACUGGGCUCGAGAAGGACUCUAGAAAGACGCAAUUCAACAUCAUGUCAGGUACAUCAAUGUCCUGCCCGCAUCUCAGUGGCGUGGCUGCGCUGCUGAAAGCUGCCCACCCGACCUGGAGCCCGAGCGCGAUCAAGUCGGCACUCAUGACAACCUCCUACGUUGUUGACAACACCAACGCCCCUCUCAAGGACGCCGCCGACGGUUCCCUCUCGACUCCCUGGGCUCACGGGUCCGGCCAUGUCGAUCCACACAAGGCCCUAUCUCCGGGCCUCGUGUACGACAUCUCCACGGACGAGUACAUCGCGUUCCUGUGCUCCCUCGGCUACACCCUCGACCGCGUCCAGGCGGUCGUGAAGCGCCCCAACGUCACCUGUGCAACCAAGUUCAAGGACCCCGGGAGCCUCAACUACCCGUCUUUCUCCGUCGUGUUCGCCCGCACCAGGGUCAUCAGGUACACUCGUGUGCUCACCAAUGUGGGUGCCGCGGGGUCUGCGUACGAGGUCGAGGUCACCACGCCUCGGUCCGUGACCGCGACGGUGAAGCCGACCAAGCUCGUUUUCAAGAAGGUUGGGGACAAGUUGAGGUACACGGUGACUUUUGUGUCGAAGAGCAGGGGAGGGAACGCUAUGUCGGACUUCGGUUCGAUAGUGUGGAGGAAUGAGCUGCAUCAAGUGAGGAGCCCAGUUGCGUUUUCGUGGUCCGAGUUAUAAGGCCUGUCAGAACUGUCCGUCCGGCCCAUAGUUGAGCUUUUGCUUUUUACAUUGUGUUAUGGUCCAAUGAGGGAUUUGUUUGUUGGGCCGGUGCGCUCGAAGAAAAAGAGGCUGGACUGGGCUGGGCUUUCGUUAGAUGUUCGGGGUUAGUGGGGGAAGUUUAAUGUUGUCCGUGUGUUUGCUUGUGCAAUAGAAUGUGCCAUCUAAGUGGUAAAGAUGGCUCUUCUUGCCUCUCAACUAAAUAUGAUAGAAAAUAUCGAUCGAGUUCUUGGCAAUCAGAGGAUUUUAAUAGAAUUUCUCCCCCCCAAAAAAAAAAAGUAAUAAUAACAACCUAAGUUGAGAUUGUUUCUCAAUACAA